AAAUGUCUUACAGCUGGAUGAGCAAAAAUGUUCCUGAAACUUUGUUCUUUCAAAAUCAGUUUUUGCAAUGUCCACACUUUUUGGUCAACUUCCAGUAUCGUUUCUGUCUAUGAAAGAAGAGCAUAAAAUAGUCUCACAUCCCGCUUCCCUCAUCAGCAGUAAUAUUGUCACAAAGUAGUUUGGGGCUUGUGGCUUUUGGGUUUUGGUGGCACACACACACGCCUGUAGUGACCGUGUCAGUGCCACAAGCGGCUGGGUUGGCAGCGUGCGUCUCCGAAGGGGGCUGCAGCGUGCCUUCGUCUCACAGAGUAUCCAAAUCAACUGCCUGUUUCGGUCAAAGGCAUUUAAACUUGUCGCUGGUAAAUACCAAAACAGCCCGAUGUUUUGAAAACAGGAUGCUUAGGCUCCACAUUAUUAAAGAAAAACGGAAAGAGAAACAGUAUAGAUAGGAAGAAAGCAAAUAGACGCAGCAUGCUCCCGAGUGCAAGAGCAGUAUAAACAGUGACCUAUCUUCCUGACCUCUGCUAUUGCCGAGUUCCUGGCCCCGCGCCACUCAAGCCAAACUACGUCAUUUGAGACUGAUAGUAGGCAUGGCACAGCUGUUGCAAGUGUGACUCGAAUUUCCUGUCUCCUUCCUGACAGACGUAGUUUAGAAAACCCAGAGUUGCAACAACAGCAGACGGAGAGGGAGGAUCUCCGCAUACGUGUUUGCAGGGCGAUUCUCAGAAGUGCUGCACCAAAAAGGAAUUUCUGGGGGGAAACACCAUGCAGGACAGCAUCCUGGCUAAAACCUGAUGGGUUUCGGAAAACAUCAGUUAAGGCAUGUGCGUAUACUUUUUUAAGACGUGAGUUAAUUACAGGAGAAGCGAGGAAAUGAGCAGCUAAUCUUGCUCUGAGCUAACGAGCCUGAUUGCACUGACAUCGGUGUGAGCCGAGGGAGCACUGCUGCUUGCACGACGGGACCCACGGUGUGAGGGGGAUCGGACAUAAUAAAUAGGCAAAAAAGGGAGCUCUGUUCCCUGUGUGCUGUGAGUCUGUGAUUCCUGACACAUUCAUUACCCACUGAAGAACAACUGACUGCACCAGUGCCUGCCGCGGCGAUUUGGUGCUGUGGACAAACAGGAGACCUGCAUCCUAUCCGUCCUCUCUGUUUGGCAGCCGUUAGACACUUUACUUUCCAAAUCAGAGAAAAAAACUACCUGGAAAAGUACCUGCUUGUGGGGAACGCAAGCAGCACGAAGGGAAUUCCCUUUCCUAACACUGUACUUACCUUUGGCUGCGAGCAGGGUAUGGCGCUGCAGCUUUGCAAUGAAACAAAAUGACCUUUAAAGCUCCGUAGGCCCCCGGCGCUGCUUGUGGAAGCAGGCCACACAUAUUUACAUUACUGUAACACAUCUAUUCCUUUUUUUUCCCUGUAUUUAUUACCCUGUCCAGCCCAGGCAACUGCAGAGCCUCAGAAGGAUCCGUGACUCAUAGGCCUCCCAAUAAAGAGGGGUAUUUUCUCUCUUGGUGGCCACGCUGUGAUGCUGCAUUUGGCAUCAGGCAGCUGUCCGCAGCCUCGAUCGUCCUGGAGGCGGAAGCACAAGACCCUCGCGUCUCUGUUACCUAAUAUAGUGUUCAGAUCUGGGGAAGGACAUGCUCAGUGCAUCCAUCCCUCGAGUAGUAAAAAGGGACAGUUUUUUUCCCGGCUGAAACACUGGUCUGGGCAGCUCCCGAGUUUUUACGGGGCGUCAAAGUCAGAAAAUUAGGGGCAGAGGAGGUGUAUUACUUCUCGAAGAGCUGCCUGCCUGUCUGUGCAGCAUAUAGCCCAGGUCACGAGUGACGUGGAUGUAUCGGGACCUGCGCAGCACCUUGCCACGUCCUUAAGGUAGACCAGUCUUGUUUGGAGCUGUUUGCAGUCCGUCCAGUAAGGAAAUGGGCAGAUAACCUUAUCUGUGGUCUGUGGGAACGUGCUAAUUCUGAGUAGACCGAGCUGUUGUCACCAGGGUGUCUUCCCCGUGCUAUCACAACUUUGGAAACCUGUUUCGCUCUCUUCCCUGGAGGACCCUUCCCAGCCAGGACUGCCAGCGCAGUUGCAACAUGCAGAGCAAAUCGUUCAAGUCUCUUAUUUCGAUUCGGAAAAGCUGUCUCCUAAAGAACCCUCUGUUACUCCCGAGCUGAUCGACCCGGCCCCAGCCCUGCCACCAGGCGAGGUUUCCAGCCGGCAGCUCCCGGGGCAGCAGCGUGACGGCUCUCCGUGCUCCCCUCCAUGUCGCACGGGAGCCAGGAGCUGCUAAGAUAAACAGAAGUGAUUUCAUCUUGCGUGCGUUUCAGCGGGCGUUUCGGGCAGAAAAGAGGAGCAGGGCCGCACCUUGCUUUGAGGAGACAGUGGCUAAAUAAACAUCUGGGCACUAAUGUAAACUCGCGCGGGUCUCGGUGGAGGUUUGGCGCAGCGCGGGGCCGGGUGCCAGCAGGGUAUGUGCCGGGCUGCACAGCGUCCACGUUCGCGCGAGUGUCGGCCCCGAAUCUUGUCCGCUUCGUACGUGAUGUUUCCCUUGAGCGGUGCCAAGCUGUUUAGUCUUUCGGUUGCUUUGCUGUAACUUCCUUUGUUUAAUAUCCUUUAAAACAGCCGAGCGCCUCACAAAGAGAAGCUUGUUCGGCUGUGCAGCAGCCAGCGAGACAAAGAGACUUCCACGUCUCCUGUUUUUACAAGCCGGGAUGAAUCACCCAGCUCCGCACGCGGUUCCCCAGCCGCGCGCCGGUAUUCCCCUCGCCCGGGGACUGGCGCUGAGGAAGCAGAGAUGCGCGGCCGAGCUGCCGGGAGGGCUCACACGCGGGCCGGGAGGGCUCACACGCGGGCCGGCUGCCGUCAGCAUCCCCUGGCACCGCGGCGCUGCCCUCCCCGCCGAGGCGCUGCCCGUGUCGGGUUUGACGUCGGCGUGCUCCAGCGCCGUUAACUGUUUCCUAGUCCUCCAGCUGCAGGGCACGAGAGCAUCGCUGCCGCCAAGCACGUUCAAGAGAAUGCUGAACCGCGAGCUGACACACCUCUCCGAGAUGAGCCGCUCCGGCAACCAGGUGUCUGAGUACAUUUCCAACACUUUCCUGGACAAGCAGAAUGAUGUGGAGAUUCCUUCUCCCACACAGAAAGACAGAGAAAAGAAGAAAAAACAGCAGCUCAUGACACAGAUCAGUGGAGUGAAAAAAUUAAUGCAUAGUUCAAGCUUAAAUAAUACCAGCAUUUCACGAUUUGGUGUGAAAACAGAAAAGGAAGACCAUCUGGCCAAGGAACUGGAAGAUCUGAAUAAAUGGGGUCUCAACAUAUUUAAUGUUGCCAGGUACUCCCACAACAGGCCGCUCACCUGCAUUAUGUAUGCUAUAUUUCAGGAGCGAGAUCUACUAAAAACAUUCAAGAUCUCAUCAGACACUUUUGUAACGUACAUGAUGACUCUAGAAGACCACUACCAUUCGGAUGUAGCUUACCACAACAGCCUACAUGCUGCUGAUGUUGCCCAGUCCACCCAUGUUCUUCUCUCCACCCCUGCACUGGAUGCUGUCUUCACUGAUUUGGAAAUCCUUGCUGCAAUUUUUGCAGCUGCAAUUCAUGAUGUGGAUCACCCUGGUGUCUCCAAUCAGUUUCUUAUUAAUACAAAUUCUGAACUAGCCCUGAUGUACAACGACGAAUCCGUCUUGGAGAACCACCAUCUUGCUGUGGGUUUCAAACUGCUUCAAGAAGAGCACUGUGACAUCUUCCAGAACCUGACCAAGAAACAGCGUCAGACUCUCAGGAAGAUGGUGAUUGACAUGGUAUUGGCAACAGAUAUGUCCAAGCAUAUGAGUCUGUUAGCUGAUCUGAAGACCAUGGUGGAAACCAAGAAAGUGACCAGUUCAGGAGUCCUCCUUCUGGAUAACUACACAGAUAGAAUACAGGUUCUCCGAAAUAUGGUACAUUGUGCAGACUUGAGUAAUCCCACAAAGUCUCUGGAGUUGUACCGGCAGUGGACAGACAGAAUCAUGGAGGAGUUCUUCCAGCAGGGAGACAAAGAACGAGAAAGAGGAAUGGAAAUCAGUCCAAUGUGUGACAAACAUACAGCGUCAGUGGAAAAAUCACAGGUUGGGUUCAUCGACUACAUCGUCCAUCCGCUUUGGGAGACGUGGGCUGACCUGGUGCAGCCCGACGCCCAGGACAUCCUGGACACGCUGGAGGACAACAGGAACUGGUACCAGAGCAUGAUACCUCAGAGCCCCUCUCCUCCGCUGGAGGAGCGGAGCAGGGACUGCCAGGGCCUGAUGGAGAAGUUCCAGUUUGAACUGACCCUCGAGGAGGAGGAUUCGGACGGACCUGAGAAGGAAGGAGAGGGCAUCGGCUACUUCAGCAAUACAAAGACACUCUGCAUGGACGACCCAGGGGAAAAAGAUUCACAGAGGGAGGCGAACAUAGAAAUUGUGACAGAAGACACAUCUCCUGUUGACACAUAAUGUCCUGUACCUGUGUAAGUGGAUUUUAAACACUUAAUGAGCAUGCGAGCAGUCUCGAGGGACUCGCCUGCAGCCUGGGUCUUAGGCCUGUGUCUAACAUUGGCUAAAAGUUCUCCCCAGCUACUUGAGAUUGGAGUCAGGGUUGGAGAUCGUGUAGUGAAUGAUUGCUCAGGAAAUUGCCAGAUGAUUUACAUUGUGGUUUAAGCCUUGUCAGCUAAAAGCAUCGUGUUGUCCUGGAGCUGGCUUGAAUCGUAACUGAACAGUAAAUGACACACAACUGAGAGAUUUUAUACUGUUAGUUUUGGAAUUUAUACCAGUUAGACUGAUAGAAACUACUGAUUAAUAACUCUACGUAUAAAACCUGUCCACCUGACCACCUGUCUGCAGACCUGUGUGCCUUCUUUGUAAACACUUUCAUGUCUUUUCAAGAGUCUAUUAAAUACACGGAGUUUAGUAUAAAGAGCAACACAAAGUGUUUCAAAAUUGAUGGAUACUUUUUUGAUUCUUCCUGUUACAAGAAGCAGUCUUCCUUUUUUCAUGGGCAAUACCUGUCACUUUAUUGCAGUUAAUCACUUUUACAGACUAAAUAGAAAGGACACCCUCUGUUUUGCAUUACUGCACCUCUAGUAGUCUUCUUACUACUCCAGACGGCCCAUUUAGAGUCACUUCAUGCCAUCGUGCACCCUCUCCGUUGGCUUGCUAGAAAUAACAGUAUUUUUUCCUCAACUGGGUUUUCCUUUCGUUGUGCACAGGACAAAGGGUAGUUUGUUUUCAUGGCACCGUGCAGUACAUAUAUCAGUAAGCGUAAUAAGGCAGUGUGUGACGCGCGCUCCCCCUCGGCAGCUCCUUGGCUCAGUGGAAGUUGCACGCUCAGAUGUUUGUGUUUCUCUCGCCUGUUGUUCACGUUUCCUAGGUUUAGGUCCACCGUCCUCCUCCCGCACUGCCUUGAGCUCUAACACCUCCAUUACUGUUUAUAACAGUGUAUUUAUUACGUAAUGUAUAUACUGUAAUGUUUUGUAAGUUAUUAAUUUAUAUGAAUUAACAUUGCCUGUCGGCGGUGAUGUUAAUUGUGUAGAAAACUCGGAAUAAGAGUUGCCUUUUUUUCUUGUAACCUUUUGUAUUGCAUAAAAUACAAGAACCUGAACAUAGCUGAAGAGACAUACGCAACCCAGGAAGGGCAUUUGGGUGGCAGCCGCCCGCGGGCUUCGUCCUCGCAGCGAGCGGGGGCGAGCCAGGCCCCAGGGGAGGGGAACUGGGGGGUCGUGGGCGCCGAAAGGCUGGAAGGGGAAAAGGAAAAGGAAUCCCCCCGCCAGUGGGCUGGCUUUUAAAUGUCACGUUCCAAUUUCUGAACAACCCAAUGUGAAUUUCUAUGACAAAAAUGUGAACUGAUGUAAUAAUUGUGCUGUGAAACUUCUUCUGACAAAGCUUGUUAGGCAUCGUGAGCGGUGUCAAUCUCAGUUUGUAAAAUAUGUUUCAAGCUUUUGGUCCAACUUGUGACUAACUAGUUAAUGAAAAUAGCACAGUUGUGCAUGAUCAAUGGGUUUGUAUGUCUGUUGAACACUGCAUUGUUCCAGGUGGUUAUUUUAUUGUUUUCAAAAAUUUCACACAAUGUAUGUUAUAGUAUUAUAUAUUGUGUUCAGAUGCAUUCUUAAGAGAUUUUUAUAUGAAGUGAAUAAAUGAAAGCAUGACCCUGC